UUUACAAAGCGGUGGACGUUCAACAUAAUAUUGAUACGUUCCGAGAGAAAAGAGGUUACCAGGAACGGAAGACAGGAAAACAUGAAUCGUACGCAAAUUUGCAUGACAGAACAAACCAUUUCGCACAGGUAAAUGGACGGCACCAGGCUACGUAGUCUGAUGGCUAGAAGUGCGAUGUUGCUGUUGAUUAAUUAACAACCGAUAUUCGGUGAACUGAUUGAGUACGUCAUCGAAAAUGGGAAAAACUACACGGGUGGUGGUGUGCGGAAUGAAGGGGGUAGGGAAGACUGCUCUCUUGGAACAACUCAUCUAUGGAAACGUUACCACAAACACCGAAAUUCAUCCUACUAUCGAAGAUAUUUAUGUAGCAAAUAUAGAGACAGAUAGAGGUACAAAGGAAAAGGUACGAUUUUAUGAUACAGCUGGAUUAGAACCACUACAGACGAAUGCAAGUAGUCCACAGUUGGCACGACACUACCUUGGCUUCGCUGAUGGGUAUGUGCUUGUAUACGAUACUGCAAAACCUGAAUCUCUAGACGUUUUAUUUCCUUUAAAAAAAGACAUAGACAAACACAAAGAUAAGAAGGAAAUCACUAUUAUUGUUAUCGGGAAUCGUACAAAACCUGACGUUGAGUUGAAUAAUUUGGAAAACACUGCUAGCAAAGCAGCCAACUGGUGUACGAGAGAAAAACUAAGGCAUUAUGAGGUGAAUGUAUUGGACAGACCAAGUCUGUAUGAUGCCUUUGUUCAUUUAUCGUCAAAAUUGAAUCCACCGCCCAACAAAAGUACAUUUCCUCAACUCAGCAUGGGUCGAAAAACUGUAAAAGCUGAGGCGCCGUAAAUUUUUUCUCAUUAUUCUAGGUACCUGUCAAAGCCAUUUCAAUUUGUGAAUUAUUUUCACUUUUUAUGACCCACAGUUGUGCACUGACCACAAUUUAUGUUCAUUCCAAUUCUAUCUGACAUAGUUUCGGAGAUAUCAUUUAUAGAAGGCACCCUCAAGCCUUUUCUUCCUUUCCAACUAUGAACAACAAAUUAUUACCAAAAUUGUGCCAGUAACGUGUUCCCAGUUAAACUAUGCAAUUAUAUCUCUACUGUUGAAUAAUGUCCUUAUUAUAUAGUUACGAUAAAUAUUUUAUCCCUAUGCAAUCGAGAUUUGCAGGUUUACACAAAUUGCAUUAUCUUGGAAUUUAAAGAACAAGAUAAAUCUCACAUAGCUGAUUAUGUAGCUGUCAAUAUAAGCAUCUAACUUCGUGUUUCCACUUAAGUUGGUAUGCUUUAUUUUUAUCGUAAUAUGCAAAUAAUUUUUCGAAUUGCGCAUAUUGACUUUAUCAACAUUAGUUUGUGAACUUUGAAUUAUAGAGUCCACUGCAGGAUACACUUCAAUUUGAUUAUGACUAAUGUUAAAUAAUGGCUGAAAAUGUAUCAGGCUGCGUGUCAAUUCGAGUUAUUAAUGUACGUGAAACACUGCGGUACUUAAUUAAUUUAUUCUGAAAGUAAUAAUCUCUCUCUAAAACUUCGUAUACAUAGUAUACAAUAUAUUAAACACAAAGAAUAUACAUACUAAUUAAACUUUUAAAUUAUUUUUUCAUGACACAUGUUCCUUAAUA